UCUCAUUCAUUUCGCCGGUUAACAUGAGAGAUCAUGGCCGCCUUCGGGCUUCUCAGCUAUGAGCAGAGACCGCUGAAACGCCCCCGGCUCGGGCCGCCCGAUGUCUACCCGCAGGACCCCAAGCAGAAGGAGGAUGAACUUACUGCUGUGAAUGUAAAGCAAGGCUUCAACAAUCAGCCAGCCUUUACUGGAGAUGAACAUGGCUCAGCCAGAAAUAUUGUAAUUAACCCAUCAAAGAUUGGAGCUUAUUUCAGCAGCAUAUUAGCUGAGAAACUAAAGCUUAACACUUUCCAGGACACCGGAAAGAAGAAACCACAAGUUAAUGCUAAAGAUAAUUAUUGGCUGGUUACUGCUCGAUCCCAGAGUGCAAUUCAUAGUUGGUUCUCUGACUUAGCAGGAAAUAAACCACUUGCUAUUUUGGCAAAAAAGGUUCCAAUCCUUAGUAAAAAAGAAGAUGUUUUUGCAUAUUUAGCUAAAUAUUCAGUGCCAAUGGUUCGAGCAACGUGGCUGAUCAAGAUGACCUGUGCCUAUUAUUCUGCUAUUUCUGAAGCUAAAAUUAAGAAACGUCAGGCUACUGAUCCUAAUUUGGAGUGGACACAGAUAUCUACCAGAUAUCUUCGAGAGCAGCUGGCCAAGAUUUCCGACUUCUACCACGUGGCUUCCAGCGCGGGGGAUGGUCCUGUCCCAGUGCCACCGGAUGUGGAACAGGCCAUGAAGCAGUGGGAGUACAACGAGAAGCUGGCCUUUCACAUGUUCCAGGAAGGAAUGCUAGAGAAACAUGAAUAUUUGACAUGGAUCUUGGAUGUUUUAGAAAAGAUCAGACCAAUGGAUGAUGAUCUUCUUAAACUCUUAUUACCACUAAUGCUGCAGGUUCGGGCCAGGAUUUACGAGGCGGAACAGCAGAUCAAACAAAGAGGCCGUGCAGUGGAGGUUCGGUGGUCCUUUGACAAGUGCCAAGAAUCAACAGCAGGGGUGACCAUCAGUCGGGUGUUGCACACGUUGGAAGUGUUGGAUCGACAUUGUUUUGAUCGGACUGACUCCAGCAAUUCAAUGGAGACGCUUUAUCAUAAGAUUUUCUGGGCAAACCAAAACAAAGAUAACCAAGAGGUUGCCCCCAAUGAUGAAGCCGUGGUGACACUGCUGUGUGAGUGGGCAGUGAGCUGCAAACGGUCGGGCAAGCACAGGGCCAUAGCUGUGGCAAAGCUCCUGGAGAAGAGGCAGGCGGAAAUCGAGGCAGAGAGAUGUGGUGAGUCAGAGGUAUUAGAUGAGAAGGAGUCAAUUUCUUCAGCCUCUCUUGCUGGAUCUAGUAUGCCUGUUUUCCAGAAUGUUCUACUAAGGUUUUUAGAUACACAAGCCCCCUCAUUAUCGGAUCCAAACAGUGAAUGUGAAAAGGUGGAAUUUGUGAAUCUGGUGCUGCUCUUCUGUGAGUUCAUCCGGCAUGAUGUAUUUUCUCAUGACGCAUACAUGUGCACCCUCAUAUCGCGAGGAGACUUGUCAGUCACUGCCUCAACCCGACCACGGUCGCCAGCGGGAGAAAAUGUGGAUGAACACUACCCAAAGGAUCAUGACAUGAAAAUGGAGAUUUUUUCUCCCAUGCCUGGAGAAUCCUGUGAGAAUGCCAACCCUUCCUUGGGCAGAAGAAUGUCGGUUAAUGGUGAGAAGUUGCUUAAGAGAGAAAAACCCAGGGAGCUAAUUUUUCCAUCUAAUUAUGACCUUCUGCGACACCUGCAGUAUGCAACCCAUUUUCCCAUACCUCUGGAUGAAUCUUCAAGUCAUGAAUGUAACCAGCGCACAAUCCUUCUUUAUGGAGUGGGCAAAGAGCGUGACGAAGCGAGGCAUCAGUUGAAGAAGAUUACCAAAGAUAUUUUGAAAAUCCUAAAUAAGAAGAGCACCACAGAGACGGGGGUUGGAGAUGAAGGACCAAAAGCCAGGAAGAACAAACAGGAAGCAUUUCCGACACUAGAGACUGUGUUCACAAAACUUCAGCUCCUUUCAUAUUUUGAUCAGCAUCAAGUGACGUCUCAGAUCUCUAACAAUGUGCUGGAACAAAUCACAAGCUUUGCUUCAGGAACAUCCUAUCAUCUCCCUUUGGCUCACCAUAUUCAGCUUAUCUUUGAUCUUAUGGAGCCAGCACUAAACAUCAAUGGACUAAUUGACUUCGCAAUACAGCUGCUAAAUGAACUGAGUGUUGUGGAAGCCGAACUGCUCCUGAAAUCCUCCAGCCUGGCAGGAAGUUACACAACGGGACUGUGUGUUUGCAUCGUGGCUGUUCUCAGGCGGUACCAUAGCUGUCUCAUCCUCAAUCCUGAUCAGACAGCCCAGGUGUUUGAAGGGUUAUGUGGUGUGGUAAAGCAUGUUGUGAACCCCUCAGAAUGUUCCUCCCCCGAGAGAUGCAUCUUAGCCUACCUCUACGAUCUCUAUGUGUCAUGUAGCCACCUCAGAAGUAAAUUUGGAGACCUCUUCAGUAGUGCCUGUUCAAAAGUUAAGCAAACCAUAUAUAAUAAUGUGAUGCCUGCAAAUUCUAACUUGCGAUGGGAUCCAGACUUCAUGAUGGAUUUUAUUGAGAAUCCUUCAGCUCGUAGCAUCAAUUACUCAAUGCUGGGCAAGAUCCUUAGUGACAAUGCAGCCAAUCGCUACAGCUUCGUCUGUAAUACGCUCAUGAAUGUAUGUAUGGGCCACCAGGAUGCUGGAAGGAUUAACGACAUUGCCAAUUUCUCUUCGGAGCUGACAGCUUGCUGCACUGUUCUUAGUUCAGAAUGGCUGGGAGUUCUGAAGGCUCUUUGUUGUUCUUCAAAUCAUGUGUGGGGGUUUAAUGAUGUACUUUGCACUGUAGAUGUGAGUGACCUUUCAUUCCAUGAUUCAUUAGCUACUUUCAUUGCUAUUCUGAUAGCACGACAGUGUUUCUCUCUGGAGGACGUCGUGCAGCACGUCGCACUUCCCUCGCUCCUGGCAGCAGCUUGUGGGGAUGCAGAUGCUGAGCCGGGGGCGAGGAUGACAUGCCGACUUCUGCUUCAUCUCUUCCGAGCUCCCCAGGCCUGCUUAUUACCUCAAGCAACCGGCAAACCUUUCCCUGGAAUAAGAUCAUCUUGUGAUAGACACCUCUUAGCCGCUGCUCACAACAGCAUUGAAGUGGGAGCCGUGUUUGCUGUCUUAAAAGCAAUUAUGAUGCUUGGAGAUGCCAAAAUUGGCAAUAACAAUGUCAGCUCUUUAAAGAAUGAUGACUUCACCAUGAGGGGUUUACGACGUGAUGGGAAUGCCGAUGAUAUCUGGACUGCCUCACAAAAUUCAAAAUCCUGUGGGAAAAACAUUUCCAUAGAAACUGCCAAUUUAAAAGAAUAUGCUAGAUAUGUACUGAGGACUAUCUGUCAACAGGAAUGGGUAGGAGAACAUUGCUUAAAAGAACCUGAAAGAUUAUGCACAGACAAAGAGCUUAUAUUGGACCCUGUGCUUUCAAAUAUGCAAGCACAGAAAUUACUACAGCUUAUCUGUUAUCCUCAUGGUAUUAAAGAAUGUACGGAAGGGGACAACUUGCAAAGACAGCACAUUAAGCGUAUUCUUCAGAAUCUUGAGCAGUGGACACUAAGGCAGUCCUGGCUAGAACUUCAGUUAAUGAUCAAACAGUGCUUGAAGGACCCUGGCUCUGGUUCAGUGGCUGAAAUGAACAACUUGCUGGAUAAUAUUGCAAAGGCAACAAUAGAGGUAUUCCAACAGUCUGCUGACUUGAACAAUAAUUCUUCUAAUUCUGGAAUGGGCUUCUUCAACCCAAAUGGGAUUGCAAAUACUGAUACAAGUAGCACGAGGCAGAAUGGAAUAAAGACAUUUCUAAGCUCCUCUGAACGCAGGGGUGUGUGGCUGGUGGCCCCCCUAAUUGCCAGGCUGCCGACCUCUGUGCAAGGAAGGGUACUAAAAGCUGCUGGAGAGGAGCUGGAGAAGGGACAGCACUUGGGCUCCUCUUCAAAAAAGGAAAGAGACAGACAAAAACAGAAAAGUAUGUCUCUUUUGAGUCAACAACCUUUCCUCUCACUGGUCCUUACCUGCCUUAAGGGACAAGAUGAACAACGGGAAGGCCUCCUAACAUCUCUUCAGAAUCAAGUUAAUCAGAUUUUAAGUAAUUGGAGAGAAGAACGAUACCAAGAUGACAUGAAAGCGCGGCAGAUGAUGCACGAAGCAUUGCAACUUCGCCUAAAUUUGGUGGGUGGAAUGUUUGACACUGUCCAGAGGAGCACCCAGUGGACGACAGACUGGGCCCUCCUCCUACUCCAGAUCAUUACCUCUGGAACUGUUGACAUGCACACUAACAAUGAAUUAUUCACAACAGUUCUUGACAUGCUGGGUGUUUUAAUCAAUGGAACCUUAGCCUCAGACCUAUCAAAUGCAUCCCCAGGGGGAUCUGAAGAGAACAAACGUGCAUACAUGAAUUUGGUAAAGAAACUGAAAAAAGAGCUAGGAGACAAGAGAUCAGAAAGUAUUGACAAAGUUCGACAGUUGCUACCUUUGCCAAAACAGACAUGUGAUGUCAUCACUUGCGAACCUAUGGGUUCCUUGAUUGACACUAAGGGAAACAAAAUUGCUGGAUUCGACUCUAUAGAUAAAAAACAGGGUCUUCAGGUCUCUACAAAGCAGAAGGUGUCCCCAUGGGAUUUGUUUGAGGGUCAGAAGAACCCAGCUCCUCUGUCCUGGGCCUGGUUCGGGACUGUCCGAGUGGACCGAAAGGUGAUCAAGUACGAGGAGCAGCAUCACCUGCUGCUGUAUCACACACACCCUAUGCCCAAGCCCCGAAGUUACUACCUCGAGCCACUGCCCCUGCCUCCCGAGGAGGAAGAGGAAGAGCCCACAUCUCCCGUCUCUCAGGAACCAGAGAGGAAAUCAGCUGAGCUGUCAGAUCAGGGGAAAACCGCAACAGACGAGGAGAAGAAAACAAAGGGAAGGAAGCGCAAGACGAAAUCAAGCUCAAGAGUUGAUGAGUAUCCACAGAGCAACAUAUACCGAGUGCCUCCUAACUACUCACCCAUUUCCUCCCAGAUGUUGCACCAUCCACAGUCCACCUUGUGGGGCUACAACCUCCUGGGUCAGCCCCAGCAGCCGGGUUUUUUCCUCCAGAACCAAUCUCUUACUCCAGGUGGCUCCAGACUGGACCCCACGGGCUCCUACGUCCCCACCAACACCAAGCAAGCUCUGUCCAAUAUGCUGCAGCGGCGCUCAGGCGCAAUGAUGCAGCCACCUCCGCUGCACGCCAUCACCUCGCAGCAGCAGUUAAUACAGAUGAAGCUUCUGCAGCAGCAGCAGCAGCAGCGGCUUCUCAGGCAAGCCCAGGCUCGACCUUUCCAGCAGUUCCCCAGGCAAGGCUUGCAGCAGACCCAGCAGCAGCAACAGACGGCGGCCCUGGUACGGCAGCUCCAGAAGCAGCUUUCUAGUAACCAGCCACAGCAAGGAGUGACUCCCUAUGGGCAUCCAUCACACUUCUGAAUCUGGAAGAGGACGAGACAUAAAGUUUUGUGUUUGCACUGAAAAAUAGAAAAUCAAAUUUAAUGCAUCAGUCUUUAGAAAUGUCCCUUUGUUCUUUCCUUUCUUUGAAGUUUUCUUAUUUUGUGCUACAUUUCAUAUAGAGGUAUUUAAAACAAAAGAAAAGGAGGAAGUGUGGUUUGGGGUUUUUUGGUUAAAUUCAACUUUAAAGUAGGUAUAAAAAUGUGGAUCAUGUGGGCCUACUCCAGGAAGAGCGUGGUAGCAGAUCUUUUGAAAUUGGUGCUUUUUUUUGGAUCUCAUAGAAAGAAUGAAUUAUGGUGGAUUUAAAAUAUUUAUGUGUUCAUUAAUGAUGAAGUUUGUUGUUUUCUUCUCCCCACCGCCCCCCCAAACUGUGCUGGACCAAACUACUGAUUUGAAGGCAUGUCGGGUCUUGACAGGAGAGUAAUCCAUUUAUUCUUCUUUCACCUUUGAUGGUGAAAUGGACAUCUAUUUGCAUUGCUCUGAUUUGAAAUGUUUGUAAUUUCAUAAGCACUUUAUAAACUUUAUUCUUAUUUAUGUAGGAUUUUUCUUUGCUUUUGUUGUGGUCAAAAGGUGCUGAAACAGAUUGUUGCUUAGUACUUAAACUUCUUAGACCAAGAACUUCAUCCCAGGCUUCUGAGAGAGCCGCCCUCAGAUACACGGAAGCCUCGUAGAAGUGGUUGUACUCGAAUUUGUUUUCAGUGGCAAGAGCAUUGACCAGAGUCUUUGUGAAGGUACAAAAUGUUAAUUCUAAAGGCCCGAACAAACCACAGUGGAAUUGUUCCAAUUAUUUAUUGCCAGAUUUGGCAAAAAUGACUCUUGGUUCUCCUGAACCUUAUGCCAACUUGAGAAAAAACAAUCUUGGAGCUGGCCUGAGAUUCCACAGUGCUCAAACUUGACGUGGUUUCCAGAGAAUCUGGCCCC